GAAUUUGAUGCCAAUGUGACAGCUGUGCGUGUACGGUCUGUGGUGUGACUGCGGUCUGUAUUUAAUGGACAUUUAUUUGCAGAUUAGCAGAAUGCGUAGAGAGGCUUUAUACGGUCGUGACCAGUGCUGAACGAACUUAUACUUUCUAAAAUAACAUUUAAUUCAUUCAUAUGUUUGAACUAGCUGGAUAGCAAUUGGCAUUGAAUAUGGAGCUGUUUGCAACAGUUGAUCAGGGGGGUUGCAUUUUGGACAUGUCCCAUCUGAAUCUGGAGAGCUUAAAUUUGGACACUGUCGGUGACGAACGGAGGAGAGUGACCCAACAACUCUACCUGUAUAACAACCGACUGACAGUGUUUCCUGCUUCGGUAUGUCUAUUCUCCAAAUUGGAAGUUCUGGAUAUAAGCAACAAUGGAUUAACGGAUCUCUCUGAGGACAUUCAACGUUUGUCAAACCUCAAAACACUCAUAGCCAAGAACAACCGUUUGAACGAAUUUUCGUUCCCAAAGGAGUUUGGGUCCAUGCAGAUAGACACAUUGAACUUCAGUGGGAACAUAUUUGAAGAGGUGCCCAUUCAGUUUCUAAAACUCCAGCGAUUAAAAUAUCUGUCUCUUGGGGGUAACAGACUCAAAGCUAUCCCCGCAGAGAUAGAAAAUGUUACCAGUCUGGAGAUGCUUUAUUUGGGUGGGAACCUCAUCACCUCCAUCCCACCAGAGCUGGCCAGCCUUCGCGGUCUCAGAUACUUGGUCCUUUGUGACAACCGGAUACAAAGUGUACCCCCCCAACUCACCAGACUCUACUCCCUGCGCUGCCUCAGUCUCCAUAACAACCUACUCACCUACCUACCGCGUGAGAUCCUCAGCCUGGUGCACCUGCAGGAGCUCAGUCUCCGUGGCAACCCCCUGGUGGUCCGCUUCAUCAAGGACAUGACUUACGACCCUCCCUCCCUGUUGGAGCUGGCCGGACGGACCAUCAAGUCCUGCAACUUACCCUACCCCCCCAAUUACCUGCCUGGAAACCUGGUGCACUACCUGGACCUGGCCAGCAAGUGUCCCAACCCUAAAUGUACUGGUGUGUACUUUGACUCGUGUGUGAGGCACAUCAAGUUUGUGGACUUCUGCGGGAAGUAUCGGCUACCCUUCAUGCACUACCUGUGCUCCCCAGAAUGCACCUCUCCCUGCAGCUCCAACCCGCAGAGCGACGCUGAGUCGGAGGACGAGAAGUGCGUGUCGGCCAACAGGCUGCAGAGAGUGCUUCUGGGAUAGAAGAAAGUGGAAAGUGAAAGGACCUCGAGGUCACUGACACACAUACUGGAUGAUGGACAGUUUCCAUGACUCCCAACUGACCUGACUAACCCAACUUCUCCUGUGCCAAACACGAUAAACACUGACACUGAGCUGUUGACUUCCAAUAGAGUGCCACUUUCAACAUGAGAUGUAGGAUUCCUCAAAGACUGAUUGUGAAGUAAAUUAACCACAGUAUAUAAUUGAUUUUUUGAGCCAGAGUGUUUUAAACAUCUAACUGAAGCUUAUGGAGGACUGAUUUUGUUGUAGAGCACUCAUCAAAUGUAUUUUCAUGUAGAUCCUCAGUUUGUAGUUUCUGUGUUAACAUGAAGGGAUGAAUGGAUUGUAUGUAAAAAUGGAUUUUCUUUACAAUAUAGAUUCAGAAACGCAGAAUGUGUUCCAUGUCUUUUUUUUAAUCACCUUUCUUAACAGUUACCCUUUAAUCGUCAUACUUCUGUUGACACUUUGGCUGCUCGCACAUGCAGUCCUAAUAUAGAGUAGUCUCUGUCGCCUGUAGCAUUUACACACCUUCCCUUCCCAUUAAUGCCUUCCCUUAUCUCACAAAACAACAUUUUGUGUUGUUACAAACCAAGGGGAAAUCUCUUGCUCAAAGAGACUAAUCCAGAGCUUGUACUGUGAAUUAAAUGUUUUACAUUGGUUUGAUUAUUUUAAAUUAAAAAUGUAUUUGAAUA